UCAAGACGCACAAGACUCUGAAACGAAGGAUAUCUUGGCCUCCCCAUAGAAGCUCAUUAUUCGGAUAUGUGUAAUGAUUUAUCCCUUAACAUGAUCCAAUAUUGAUACGGAGCUUGGAAAGAUUCAGUCAUUAAGUCGACAGGUUUGUUCAGGGACAUCUGCGUUGGCAUCAAACAUGCGCAAAAAUUCAAGCGAUCAAAGCAGAGAAUCGCCAUACACGGAAUGAUCGCUUCUCAUGUGAAGUCACCCUGAUUGUUUGUUUUUAGAGGAAAUACAUAUCGACUCCGAGAAAUCAACACAGCCUAGAGAUUGAAGUGGGAACGAACGCCGACACUCGCGGAAUAUCUGGAAAUACGGUGUCCUGAGCCAUGGGGGCCUUCUUGGACAAACCGAAGACAGAAAAACAUAAUGCUCAUGGGGCGGGCAAUGGUCUGCGCUUCGGCCUGAGCAGCAUGCAGGGCUGGCGGGUGGAGAUGGAGGAUGCGCACACAGCUGUAGUGGGCUUGCCACAUGGCCUGGACGACUGGUCCUUCUUUGCCGUGUAUGACGGUCACGCUGGGUCCCGUGUCGCCAACUAUUGCUCCAAACACCUGCUGGAACACAUCAUAACCAGUAGCGAGGACUUCCGUUCUGGCCCUGACUCUGUGGAGGGAGUUAAAAUUGGCAUUCGCUCAGGCUUCCUGAAAAUCGACGAGUAUAUGCGCAACUUCUCGGAUCUACGCAACGGCAUGGACCGUAGUGGCUCCACAGCAGUGGGAGUGCUGAUGUCGCCCGAGCACCUCUAUUUCAUCAACUGUGGAGACUCCCGUGCUGUUCUAAGUCGUGCCGGACAGGUGCAGUUCUCCACACAAGACCACAAGCCCUGCAAUCCGCGUGAAAAAGAACGCAUUCAGAAUGCAGGAGGUUCUGUAAUGAUCCAAAGGGUGAAUGGCUCUUUGGCUGUAUCACGUGCCCUGGGGGAUUAUGACUACAAGUGUGUGGAUGGGAAGGGUCCCACUGAGCAGCUGGUAUCUCCGGAACCGGAGGUGUUUGAGAUCCCACGCGUUUCAGAAGAGGAUGAGUUUGUGGUGCUCGCUUGCGAUGGCAUCUGGGACGUGAUGAGCAACGAGGAGCUGUGUGAUUUUGUGCGCUCUCGGCUGGAGGUGUGGGAUGACUUGGAGAAGGUCUGCAACUCUGUGGUGGACACUUGUUUACAUAAGGGAAGUCGUGACAACAUGAGUGUUGUUCUGAUAUGUUUCCCCAAUGCACCGAAAGUAUCAGAGGAGGCUGUGAAGAGAGAGGCCGAGUUGGACAAGUUGCUGGAGGCUCGGGUGGAAGAAAUUAUGGAGAAAUCAGGGGAGGAAGGCAUCCCAGAUCUAAGCCACAUCAUGCACAGCCUCCACCCUGAGAGCAUCCCCAACAUGCCACCAGGAGGUGGUCUCGCUAGCAAACGCAGUGUAAUUGAGGCUGUUUACAACAGGCUUAAUCCACAUAGAGAAGAAGAUGGGGACAGCCAGGGAGGAGCAGCCGGUGGUGAGAAGGAAAAAGACGGCAGCACUGUCGCUGCCCACCUGCUGGAAGCGCUACGACAGUUCCAGCUCAGCCACCGAGGCAAAUACCGGCAAGCGCUCGAGCAGACGCUCUCCAAUUACCGGCUGUCCUGCUCGACAGGUGCCACUACACGGACUGACCCCCAGGAGGACCCUCCCUCACCCCCACCAUCCCCAGCCACUGAAACCCUCAACUCUGAGGAGGGACCUGACGAAGGCACCACAUCGCCAUCUCUGGACAAGCUCUCUGGUGCCCCCACUGCCUGACCCUGACAUCCAAUUUAGUACCCACUAAUCCUACCCCACUAUUUCAGACCCUGUUAUCAAACCCUUACCCAGACCUGCUCUCUGGCCCAGAUUGAUAGGUUGCCUAUCUGUUGGUUAAGUUCCUCCUCAGGGCAGUUCCAGUGCAGGUUUUGGUAAUCUUUAUUGAGAUGUAAAUGUAGGGUCUCUGAGUGCACACAGAAAGACUCUAUUCAGCCACACUGGAAAAUUCUAUUUAAUUAAAGGAAUGUUGAAUGUUUAAGGUAUAAUGUUGAUUUAGAAAAAAAAUCACAGUUACAGUGAGGCUCUUAUGGAAGUGAAUGGGCCCAUACCUUAAACAAUAAAAGUAUAGCCUCAAAACUUGAAAAUUAUACAUGAUAGCAUUAUUUUAGUGUGAUAAAAUCUGGGAUUUACUGGCGUUUUGGCAUUUAGCAGAUUCCAAGGUUUAUCAGCGAUAUGUCGUCAUGAUGACAAAGUUGUAAUUUUGAAUAUAAAUUUUUUACAAAAAAAAAAAAACACACAACGUGUUCCAUCUUGUGGCUAUACAUUUGAAAAUGUGCAUUUUUAAUGUUAUGGACUGGGCACAUUCACUUCCUUUGUGAAGUGCCUUAAUGAAAAACGCUAUUUUUGCCUUAUAUAUAUAUAUAUAUAUAUGUGACAGGUCAUUUAUUUUUGGUGGUUAUCAACAUUAUACCACAAAUGUUGAUUGAGCUUGACUUGUAUUGAACAAAAACAUUCCUUUAAAUAUUAAAGUGGGAAGUUUAGAGCAGUAUUCUUAGCACUGAAAAUCUGCUUUGCAACUGCAGGUGAGGUUAACCUUGGCAUAUCCCAGUUCUGUCUACAGUAAGCACUUUCCUUUAUCUCUGCACUUAGCCCAGUAUUUUUUAUAUUUCCAAGACAACAUAAUCUACUAAAUUCUAAAUGUAUGACUUUAGCAGUGACACAGAAUUGAAUGAUUUUAUGGUCACUGUUUUGCACCCAAAGAAUUGGACAAGUGGACAAUCUGGGCUGUGCUAAGGAUACAUUGACUAUUUGCCUUGUGCCAUGCUAUGCGUGUGUACUGAGCAUUCUGGGUUGUGUUGUGGUUUAUUCUAGUUAUUGGAUAUUAAUGUGCUGCAGGAAGCAUCAGGUACAGCUUGUAUUGUGCUCUUUUAUAUGGUGUUAGAGUGUGACUGUAUGUGUAUCAUAUAAUGUGACAUGAUUGUAACUGAUCAAAAGCCAUUCUUUCACAGUUCAAAAGGGAAAUAUAAUGCUGUGCGAGUGCAUUUGUGUGUUUUUUUUUUUUUUUUUUUCUCUCUCACUGCCUGUCCCUCUCUCUUGUCUGUCUUGCAGUGAUUUAUAAUUUGGACUGAGCUCUCAAAAAUGAUGGUCCUCUGUCUGCUCUUUAAGUGCACAAGAGUUAUUAUCCAGGUCCCCUUGAGGAAAAAGCACAAAAUCUAAAUGCAUUGGCUCUAGAAGCAUGGACCAUAUGAGAUUGCAAUGGCUCAGUGAAUAUACCUUACAGUAUACUCUAAGCUCACACAAUCAUUUCUCCUGCUCUGCUAUUCCAGUUAGUUAAUGGCUUCACAUUUGAAAUGUAAAAGUCAUUAAUAAAAGUGGAAAAUACCUACAGACUGCAUUACCUGUAGGAGAUCUUAUGAACUCUACACAUAAGACAAUGCUGCUACAUGAUUACUUUAAUGUCUGUACUCUGCAGUAUUUGCACAGAGCUUCUUAUCAUUAACCAAAUGUUUGGAAAUGAGUGUCAUCCCCAAAAAGUAUGUUCCAAUUUUAUUUUAUUUUUCUCUUUUGUUGAUUUAUCAAAAUAUGAGCAAAUUAAAUCUGAUUACUUUGACUUGCAGUUGAUUUAGAAGUUAAUUCAUAAUGCAAACUGUGUAAUCCUCUUAACAGAGUAAGUGCAUACAUAAUGCUGCUGUUGUUAUUAAACUCAUGUUACUAAUAUACAGUCUCAGAGCAGAAUCCGAGAGCUUUACUUAAUUGUCCAUAGAGCUUUGUUUGCUGGUUUGGGUUAUGCCCAAACUUUAUUAAACUUCUAUGCUAAGUUUAUUUUCAUAUUGUUUCAUGCUGCAAUUCUUUGAACAAAAUAAAUCUAAUUAAACUAUUGAUAUCUGUCUUUCAUUCUGCCAUUUAUUUAUUACAUUUCUUCACUGUAUUUGUAAGAUUUUAAAAUCCUGUAAAUGAGAUGACACAUCUCACAGAAUGCUACAGUCACUUACUUAUAGCCAUGUGAUGAAUGCUCUUUAUGCCACUUCCUACUCAUAAUGGUGGGUGUGGUUAUUUCUAUCACCCAUAAAAAGCUUUAAAACAUUACUCCUAUUUGGCUCAGGUUCUUACUCAGUACUGUUUAAACUUAAGGUAAGUGUGCUUUAAACCUGCAUGAGUCAGUCAUCUUCAGGCUGAGGAAAAUUCAUUUUCUGCUGAGAUGCAUUGUUUUUCUGGAAAUGUAGCUUUCAAAAACAGAAACAAAAAUGUGCUGGUCAAGUCUUAUUGGGCUUUCCCCCUAGAUAUUUUUCCUGUCUGCAAACUUAUCCACUGAGCUUGUGUUUUUUUUAAAUCAUUCACUGUUGAAUGCUAACUACUUCCAGUGUUUUUUUUUUUUAAGUGAUAUUGGGAAGAUAUUUGUUUUUCUUACCCUGUUUUGUGCAUUUCCUGUCAGAAGUGCUUAUUGUUUUUGAACAAAGUACUUAAUAUGGUAAUUAUGUUCUUCCAUGUUUCAAUUUUCAUUAUGUGGCAUCCAAGAACAAGAAAAUCCUUUCUCUUGAUUUCAAACCCAUUCCCUAAUUCUUUAAUCACCCAGAGUCUCACUAGUCAGUGCUCUACCCUUUUUAUUUUCUGUUUGCUCAUUUCUUUCCCUGUCUUGUUU